AUGCUGCCCUCAACGAGAAGACGAGCGCAACAUCAUGUGCCUCCACCCCCAGCGGAUUUCUCCAGUAGCGACGAGGAUGUAGACGAAGAGGAAUUAGAUCCCGAAGAGGAGGACGGUGAUGUCAUGGGAGAUGAAAUCGUAGCAAUGGAUGGCGAGGAAGACCUGGAAGAAGAGGAAGGGCUCGCAUCACCCGGCGGCCCCGAAACCCCCCUUCCGAACCUCGAUCCACCCCCAUCUUAUCUGCGCGAAAUCAGUACCUUGGCAUCUUGGACAGUGUCAUCUUCGAAACCUGGCUGUUCAAUUCCCCAACUCCGGCACCCCUCGCCAUCCCUUUUCUGGCAGUCGGAUGGCCCUCAACCACAUUAUCUCAACAUCCACUUCUUCAAACUGGUCCGCAUCGUUGGCCUACGCCUGUAUCUCGACUUUGAACAAGAUGAGUCCUACACACCAACACGCAUCAUCUUCCUCGCAGGCUCUGGGAUGAACGACCUGCAAGAAUGGGGCGAGAUGCGUCUUGAAUCGCCACGGGGCUGGGUCUGGGCCGAUUUCUCCGGAGUUGGCGACGCCUCAGACCACGACUCAGUCGAAGAAGAGGAAGAUGAAGAAGACGACGAAGCGUUCCAGCAACGCAUGCUAUCCGGCCUGCACCGUCCACGCAACCGCAGAGCAGAGGAACAUGCAUCAAGCGACUCGGAAAACAUGCCGCUCCCACCCCAACGCCAACGCGUCCCUAGCAACUUCCCCACCCACCUCGAACCACACCCCUUCGACACAAGCACACCUGCCCCUCAGCUACCCCAACACCGCACACCGCACUUCUCACCCCACCACGAAGCCUCAACCCUCCCACGCCCCACCCCCCGCCGCCCCUUCGGCAGCCUGAGUCCCAACCCCGAGCCCGAACCCGCGCCCACACACGCCCGCGCCCCGCGCCGCCCCAAAAUGCCCGUCCUGCACGCUCACCUCGUGCAGAUCAAGAUCCUGGAGAACCACCAGAACGGCAAGGACACGCACCUGCGGGGGCUGCAGAUCUUCGCGCGCAACGACGAGGGGAGCGGGCGCGGGCCCGUGAGAGCUGUUGGUGGAGUGGGCGCUGGCGAGGGGAUGAAUGGGGUUGAGCGCGCGGAGGUGGGGACGAUGAGGACGGGCAGGAAGGUUAGGGAGGAAGUGUUGGAGUUGGGCGGGGGGUUUGGAGAUGGGUUUGAUGUCCGUUGA